AUGGACGAGAUUGAUCAUGUCACGCUCCUCAAAAGGGAACUCAUACGCCUCCCCUCUGAAUCAAACUUUGAAUUCAGAGAUGAUACAAGAAUCCGACUUCGCCGUAUAAUUAUGACGGCUUUGGCGAAAGGAAGAGAGUUUCUCCCAUUCUAUUUUCCCCGUUUAUUUCAUCCUGACGGCACAGAAAUUUCACCAGAGCCAGCUUCAGAAACUUUGGAUCGGCUUCAAUGGCGAUAUCAAACUUACCAUACUCAGAUUCCACAUGUCAGAGACCCUACAUAUAAUCAUUUGAUGCAUAUGGUGAACCACUACCAGCGCCCAUGUGGCCGCAUCUUCAGUCGAGGAGAAGCCAUAUACCGGUGUCUCACCUGCUCACAUGAUGAGACCGUGGCAUUGUGUCAACACUGCUUCAAUCUGGACGAUCAUGAAGGUCACAAAAUCCAUAUUUACACUACUCAACUUGAGCGAGGCGGAGUGUGUGAUUGUGGUGAUCCCGAGGCGUGGGAAUUCAACCGACCUUGCCGUCUUUAUGAUGGUCCUGUCCCAACUCAACUUCCACUUCCACUCCCGGACCCUGUGUUAGAUCAGUUCGCGAAAGUUUUACGGGUCAUCUUAAACUUUUGUAUUGAUGUACUUGCAUACCUGGAUCAACAUUUGGACAGUGACUCAGAAAAUGAAGCAGAAAUCAAACUCCAUAGCAGGCAACUGACGCUAGAUCAGGGUUGUUAUGGCUACCGGGGUAGUUCUGAAAUUGUUGACCAAAAUCUGGAUAAAUACUGCCUCAUAUUGUACAAUGACCAAACUCAUUUGUACCGCGAUGCUAUUCUGCGCAUUAGGUUGGCACUGCGUAAGCAGAAACAAUUUGCUAUUAUGGUUGCAGAUCGUGUUGAAGCUUACGGGCGAGCCAAAGUGGCCGAGCUGACUGAUAUUGCUGUUCUUCAGCAGCGACGGGGUGUACUUUCUGCCACUGGUUUGUCUACAGGUAUUAGGCUGCUGAGGGAUGUAUUUCGCGAGGAUAUGGUUGAUGAGAUCAUUUUUUGGUUAGAUGAGUUUCAAUUCCUGGAAGUAUUCAAGGUAAGCACUCCCAUGCAGGAAAUGUUUUGCCAAGUAUUUUGUGAGCGUUGGGAACCAGGUGUUCUGGCUCUUCCAGGUCCUCGAGCAGAUGAGAGUGUUUAUUCAACUGGUAAACUUGACUAUGACCUCCGUAUACCCAAAUUACCGGCACCACCGAUAGCUAACCAUAGUCAUUGGGAGAAUACCGCCAAAUUGUGGUCUUUAUCAGAAGAAGAUUGUUCACGAUGUAAUUAUAAUGUCACUACCGAUGAUUACAAUCCACGAACAAGUCACAGAGGACUGCGAUUCCAGUACCUCGUCUACUUUGAUGUACGGCUAUGGAAGCAGGCACGAAAUAAUCUAGCCAGGGUGAUUAAUGCGCUGCUUAUUACGAACUUGAAGUAUCGUCCGAUGCUUGGUUGCCAAUAUUUGGAUAUUCAUUUAGUCGUUGCAGAUCAAUUUGUGAAGCUAGAUCGAGAGCCAGAACUUAACGUCAUGCUGAUGCUUUCCACUCAGCUUUUCUCUUGUUCUACUAACAUUCGAACCAUAUUCAAUAAUGGCGGUUUUGGGCGCCUUUUAGCUGUUGUGUAUGGGUUCCUCACAACGGAAAGUGUCGCUGCAGCUAAUGCUGUCAUUCAGACCAACGAUGUUAGCAUAAAACUGUUCAAAAGUCAAAAGCUUGGUAAACUAUUUUUUGAUGUAAACUUCAUGCUAGGGAAAGGGUUACUUGGAGAUGUUAUUUUGAAGCCGGAUCCAGUGGAAGCUAUGCUAGACAUGCUCGUAUUGAUACAGGGGAAACCUGUUCUUAAAAGGGAAAACGAUAGUCAUGUUGAGUACGAAAGUUCGGACUAUAAUGCACUUUUCACCUCGCUGCAUUUGUUCAAAGGGCUGGACCUGAUGAUACGCUGCGGAAAGGAGAUUUCUGAUCCCGCUGAAAGAUAUAAUCGUUUCAGCGAGGCAAUUUUGUUGACUCUCAAAAGAUUGUAUCGACUCGAGGGUGGUGAAUAUCCCAAUUUCAAUGCUGACAUCGUUGACAUCAAACCUUAUGCACCGCUUAAGCUAGAGCCAUUGACAGGUGCGAUGGUUACGGAAGUGUCUCUAUCGCAAGAUAAGGCGGCGCUAUUACAUCCAGUGCACUCUUUUUUGGGAGGGCUUUUGAAUGCUGCCGAGUUUGCUACGUUAAAUGACGUGCUUGCUAUCUUCGAGGAGGCUGUCAAAGUUGUAGGUUAUGCACAUGGCGAUCCCUUAGCCGUCAUUUUCGACUAUCCGAUUCGUACCCUUGCGUUGUUGGCGCAAAUAAAGCUGGGUUUUUGGGUUCGAAAUGGAUUUACAGUACGUAAUCAGUUACAACUUUACAAGCUGCUGUCCCUUCGAGAUUAUGGUCUUUUGCGCGAUUUGUUUUUGAUUCAGGUUUUUGUGAACUUAGCCAACCCAAACUUGGUGGUUUAUCUCAUUUUGGAUCGAUUUCAAAUCCUUUCCACUAUAACUGAUAAUGCUGAGUCAGUUUAUGACAGAAAGACCUUACCUUAUAUUUUUGAAGAAUGUGCAGCUCUUUUCUUAUACAUUCUCACAGAAAAUGAUAGAGGUAUCGAUCAUCGUAUUCGACAAGAGAUCAUUCAUCUGCUCUGUUUCGGCCCAAUGCCUUAUUCGAAGCUCAUUUCGCUGAUACCAGACAAUAUCGUUGCAGAAAAGCAAUUCAAUAAUAAGCUCGAGACCCUUGCUCAUUAUCUGCCUCCUCUGGGUGCCCUGGAUGUGGGCAUUUUUACACUCAAGCCCGAAUUUUAUGCUGAGGUCAAUCCGUUUUAUUUCAGCUACUCUGCCAAUACUCGAGACGAUGCAGUUAAAAUAUUGAAAGAACGUCGAGCUAAAGAAAUGAGGAUUCCUGCUCACCAAGUUGUUCUCGAACCGACAAUUAUGGAACCACCAAAGGGAUUUGAGUCUCGCGAACGUUUCAUUGAGCUGACAUAUUUUACUCAAUUCAUUGUUCAUGCACUUCGACACUCUAUCUGUACUGAAAGCAGUGAUGGUUUGAUGAUGACAGUGCUUCAUUUGCUUCACGCGGCUGCCCUUCAGGACAAUACGCUGGUAUCAAAGUUAAGGUCAACAAUAGUUCCGUUGUAUCAAAUUUUGAAGGAUGAUGGUUUUAUCAGGUAUCACCCUAAAAUUCGUGCGAUAUUCGAGAUUUGGAAACACCUGGACCAAUUUACUGAGACUGUGGUCGGUUUUAAUUUCGAUACUGCUGUAUUGUUCGAAUUCCAUAAGGAGGAUUCGCCCGAGAUUGAUGUCGAUCAUAAAAAGAAAAUAGCCAAACUUCGGCAGGAAAAGUUAAUGGCAAAAUUUAAGCAACAACAGUCCGACUUUCUCCGCAAUAUGGAUGGUGCCGAUAUGGAUGUGGAAGAUUUGACCUCUGAUGAGAGUGACAGUGAUCUAGGAUGGCGAUUUCCUGAACCGCAUUGCAUACUUUGCCAAAAUACUAAUGAAGAUGCAGGUCCAUUUGGUAUCAUUACGUAUAUCUCUCGAAGUUGUGAGUUCCGUAAAGUUCCAUUUGAUGAUCCAUUUUGGUUCAUGAGCGCUUACUCCGAUAGUGCUAAUUUGGAUGACCCUGAACCACUAAAUGUCCCCACAAGCUAUCUUGAAGCAGGUAAGUCUACUCCUUCCCAAACACUGGAAUCAAAGACAUCAAAAUGGCAUGAUUAUCAAGCCCGAAUUCGGGAGAACAACGUAUUCGGUCCAGGCUUUAACGAUCCUAACUGCAUCGAAAAUAAUUUGGUGCUGCUGAGUUGUGGGCACGGAAUGCACUACAAUUGUUAUAUGAAUUACUUGGUCACCAAUCGAAAUCGGCAGAAUCAAAUCACUCGCAAUUAUCCUGAGAACCCUGAUCGCAAAGAAUUCUUGUGCCCGUUGUGCAAAGCCUUGAAUAACUCGUUUUACCCAAUUUUGUGGACCAGCAAUAAGUUUAGCAUGCGAGAAUUGUGUGAUUAUAGUGGACAGUCUGAUCAUAUAGGUGAUCUUUACCUGCUGAUCUUACGAACUCAACCAGAAUGGUUUCAUCAAUUCGCCGAACAAUUGAAGGAGGCUAUUGACGUGAAAGCUCUCUUGACGACUCAUGCCAAAGAAAUUAUAAAUCUUCAAAGCCAAAACAAACAAAUGCUGCCACAACAAGUGCAAUUCUGGCACUUGAUAUUGCACAUGUUUCAUUUGUUUGCAUUCACUUGCUUUCCCGAAGUUGUUAAGCUGGAUCUGCUGUUACUUCUUGUUAACACCAUAAAGAGUACUGAAAUUGCACUUCGAGGUGUGGCAGGAAACGACACGGUUGCGGACCAAAUAUCAUUCAUUAAUAUGAUCAAUUUGAGGGUGUUGUAUCAGUUCAGAAUAUCUGGACUCUUCAUGAAACUUCAACUGCCACUGGAAUCUCAACUGCGACUUGAUGUGACUAUGACGAUGUUUUCGAGUUAUCUCAAAAUUAGUAAUGAUGGAUUGGUGGAACUGAUUUUUAGCGGUGACUUCUUCAGAAUUUUAGUUGACUGUGUUCCUUUGCCGCAGUUGGGACUCGGAGCUCAUUUCAUAAUGGAAAGAUGUUUGUGGGGUGCCACCUUACAGGCUGUGGUGUCAUUGGCUUACAAUCUUGGAGUCUAUGAAUUCUAUGUCCCCACAAAUGAAUUUUCCGUGCUCGAUGUGCCUCAAAUAGAGGAAAUUCCAUACUUCGUUUUGGACUACUGCAAAAAAAUAUUUUGUGCUUUUAUCGAUACCGAUCAGUUUUCCAUCAUCAACGAUCCGCUGUUCAGUCGCGUCAUAUAUUCGCUAAUUGUGAAGCAAGUGACCCCAUUCUUACGUCGUAUUGCAAUAUUUGCAAGUGUGCAAUGUGGUCUUGCAGAUGUCAACAAAUCAUAUCUGAACAGAGGCGAAGCCGAUCGUAUUACAGCAUAUCUCGGCCUUCCCACAAUUGCUGAAACCAUGCGACUUGCAGUAGAAGACAGCGACUCAUGGCAAGGCGUUGUGAUGACGAAGGUACUACAGAGAGGAGUAUCAAAAAGUCAAAAUGAAUUGAUACGGCUUGAAUAUCCAGGUAUCAUCAGACUCAUUAAUCUUCCGUCUAGGUUGGACUCCUUUUUUACUCGUUACUUUUAUUCCGAUCGGUACGACUACCCGUUCAGAAGAUACGACUCGCCAGCGGUGUGCUUGACGUGUGCUGAGGUUUUAGACGUGCAGCAAAAAACUCCAGGAUACAAAGAGGGACAGUGCACCACUCAUGUUGUUAGGGAAUGCGCCAAUAGCAAUGGCAUGUUUUGGCUUCCUCGUGAACGGGUGUUUUUGUUAUUGCAUAAUAAUGGGGGGACAUUUUACACUGCGCCGUAUAUUGAUGAUCAAGGGGAGGUGUUUGCAGACCCUGCCAAGCGACUGAAAACGUUUUACUUGAUGCCUCCUAAAUACCAAGAUUUCAUAAAGAAUAUCUGGCUUCAACAUAACGUUCCCAACAUAAUCGUUCGAUCACUCGACGCAGUCUCUGAUGCUGGAGGCUGGGAUACUUUAUAG